CUCUCUCUCUCUCUCUCUCUCUCUCUCUCUGCAAAGUGAGCUUCCUCUGCUUAGCCGCAAGAGAAGAAAUUUGAAAUCUCCCCUUUGAUACUCUGCGGGAAGGUGCAGUGGUGGUUACGGUGCACUCGCCAGAGAUGUCGCCGGCGAAAUCGAGAACGACGGUGGUGACGAGAAUCUCACGCUACAGAAGAUUCCGGUGAUCGGAUUUUCGUUUCGUUUCUUUUUUGGGUUUGUUGCUUUCUCGGAAAAUGGAUGGACAGAUGAACCAGGCGAAGCUGACGAGGACGCAGUCGUCGCUUCUCCGGCCAUCUCCGACCGGUCGAUCUUCCAUUCAAAUCAACGAAUUCGAGUUUCAGGAUCUGGAGAUUGGAGAGAAAGAGGAGAAGCAGAGGAGGAAACCGCCAAAGCCAUUCGGGUCGAGCCCGAGAACAAUCGGGUCGACCCGAAUCAACCACCCGGGUCUUGCCUUCACCCUGGCCUCUCUCUCCUUCCUCAGCCUUUCUUCAUUCUUCUUCUUCUUCUUCUACUCCCAAACCCAAACCGACGAGAUUCUCACGUCGGAGAUUAUCCUCCUCGCUUUGAUCUUUGUCGCCGUCGCUCUGCUUUUCGCCUCCAAGAACAUGGCCUUAAUCAACCAGUCCAUGGCUGCAAUCAAGCAUGUAUGCGAUGAAACCUGUAAAAGACUGGGAUUUCAGAGCAGGAACCCGUCGAAACCGGUUCAAUGGUACAUAGGCGAUUCGAAACCGGAAAAAGCCAGGACCCAGAGAGGGAAGAAACUGAUCGGGGAAGGAGUAGAGUUCUACAGCAAUGGCGAUUUCUACGAAGGAGAGUUUCAUAAAGGGAAGUGCAAUGGAAGUGGGGUAUACUACUAUUUCGUGAACGGGAGGUACGAAGGUGAUUGGAUCGAUGGAAGAUACGAUGGGUAUGGGAUAGAAAGCUGGGCAAGGGGAAGUAGAUACAAGGGUCAAUACAGGCAAGGGCUGAGACAUGGCUAUGGAGUUUACAGGUUCUACACCGGAGACUGUUAUGCCGGGGAAUGGGUCAAUGGUCAGAGCCACGGGUUCGGUGUUCAGACCUGUGCUGAUGGCAGUUGCUAUGCCGGAGAAUUCAAGUCUGCUAUCAAACAUGGACUUGGAUCUUACCAUUUCAGGAAUGGAGAUAAGUAUACAGGGGAGUAUUUUGGUGACAAGAUCCAUGGGUUCGGCAUCUACCGUUUCGCCAAUGGUCACUGCUAUGAAGGAGCAUGGCACGAAGGGCGUAAACAAGGCUACGGCAUUUACACUUUCAGAAACGGUGACACGAAAUCCGGAGAAUGGGUCGACGGGAAUCUUCGAACCCCUCUUCCUCCAUCGACCGAGCCGGUUCGUAGAUCGGUUCAGGCGGCCCGAGAAAGAGAGAAGAAGGCCGUGAAUAUAAGACGGGUGGACGAGCAAGUGAGCCGGGCGGUUGCAGCCGCGAACAAGGCGGCUACAGCCGCGAGGGUGGCGGAUUUUUUUUUGGUAAAAUCGCGAAUGAACGAUGUUAAUAGGUUAAAAGCCAAGCAAAUGAAGGAAUUAGGUUUUCUCUAUGCCUCAAAAAAAAUGUAG